GUGCGUACACCGCUCCUGCCGGCUGCAGCAAACAGAGACAAGUAGGUGAGACCAGGCGCAAUUAGGCAAAACAUCUUUCAGCCCUAGCCUCGAUCGCUCUGGUUCAUUCCUCUCCUCUCCUUGCUUCCCGCCAUGGAUUACGCCGCGGGCUCUAAACAGCAGCCAACCGCUACCUCUACCGGACAGCUGCCCCCUAUUCCCCGUCAAACUCGUCAAUCAUCCCGGAGGAAGGCCAUUGAUCCUUCCAUGCACCUGCAUUUGCGUAAUGACGACAAAGACCGCGCCGGAAUAGCUCCAGCCUCUCCCGAAGUAAUAUCGUCCUUAAUCACUAGUCUAUCCGUCAUCUCGAAGCCCGCGAACAAACAUUUCGAGGGCCAGAGCUUGUCUUUACCAAACUCUCCACGACAGGGCAGUUUUGGCGUCGAAUACGGCGCCUACUCCGCAUCUAAGCUCGGCCGAUUGCAGGAAGAAAUCGAUCUCGACGAAUUAGCCGCGAGCCCUCCUACAAUUCGAACAGCGAAACCCCCCUCCGGCUUCUCUCCCUUAACUGCCCCUAAAUCACCACGUCGCGAGUCGUCGGGGGGAUUGAAAUCUCUUCUGCGCAAUUCAUCUAGGCCGUCGUCGAAGGGUUCUGUCUCGUCGCACGAUGAUACACGUAGUAUCGGGAAUCUAUCAGUCGAACGUGGGGUACCGCCUACCCCUGAACUACGCAAACAACGAUCGCAUGACAGCUGGGGAAAGAAGCAAGCUCGUAGCCAAAAGGGUUUGAUGUACAUGAGCUCAAAAGAAAGAUUGCGUGCUAGUGAAUCCGAGAGAAAACGGGCGAGCUCGGGAUCAAUUGGUCAAUCUAACAGCUUAAAUGGUUUGUCGCCUAGACCAGAUACAAUACUUGCAGAGACGCCGAUUCGCGAGGAGCCAAGUGAUUCGCCGACAAAAGAAACAAUGCCGGACUUGAGCCCAUCCGUUGAUUCUAGUGGCUUUCAGCGCCCAAUUCCGGCCCGCGACUCCUCCCUGCGCAAAACGGGAACUAAUGCAAAGAGAUCUUCGCAUAGAUCGUCUCGAACGAAAAGGGAUAGCGAAGGUGGUCUUAACGAUACAAUCCUGGAAGGCUUCGAACAUAAUCGAUCAAGCGAGACGACGCAAUCAAGGCGACGGCAUUCAAGUCGUGCCAAUUCCGAAAUCGACACAAGGAAGAGACGAGACGAUAGUCUUCCUGCCGAAAUGCCACACUCUGCAAGAGUCGGUACAUCAUCUACCAGGAGAACCCAUGAAAGUAAUAAUAAUACGCAUGAGCAUUCGAGAUCGUAUUCGAACGAUGCAAAUGGACUCGAGGACGGCGCCCCGUUCCCGGCGGUAUCUCAAGGUAGAAGACGCAGUGCGCAUAGUGCCGACCGCAGGAGAUCAGGGCGCGCGACUCCUGAUCCAGUUGACGUGAUUAAACCAAAGCGAAGUAGUUCACGGUUGAAGCGCCUUUCGGCAGGACCCAAGAGUCCAGAGCCAACUGACAGGAUGAGGGAAUCUGCAACUCCCGAACCAAUGGUCGGCUAUGAGCGACCUAUGAGUGCGGAUUCCAUCGACGACGCUGUGGAGUCCUACUUAUGUUCUCCAAGGCUGUCGCAGAAAAUUCGACACCCUCAGACUGGUCGAGUCAUUUCGUUUUCCGAGGUUGGCGAUGCGGAGGGAUCGGCAGUAUUUUGCUGUGUCGGUAUGGGGCUUACUAGAUAUAUCACAGCGUUUUAUGACGAGUUGGCGUUGACGCUCAAACUGCGACUUAUCACCCCCGAUCGUCCUGGUGUGGGUGACAGUGAGGCUUAUGCUGAUGGGACAGCAACACCCCUAAGUUGGCCUGAUGAUGUCUAUGCGAUCUGCCAGGCGCUGAAAAUCACGAAAUUUUCAAUUCUUGCGCAUUCUGCGGGAGCAAUUUACGCUCUCGCUACAGCACUCCGCAUGCCACAGCAUAUUCGUGGACGUAUUCACCUUUUAGCUCCUUGGAUUCCGCCAUCACAAAUGAACGUCUUCGGUACAUCACAAGCUUUACCCCCUACUAAUGCAAUUCCUACGUCUCAACGAAUUCUUCGGGCUUUGCCAACUCCCUUCCUUAAGGCGGCAAAUAGCUCCUUUAUGUCAGCCACAAGCAGUUCUAUUACCAGCUCAUUACCGAAGACCAGCCCUCGCCGCGGUAAACGGAAGUCAUCCGCUCCCGUCGGUCGCGAUGCCCCGUCCAAUAAUCGCCGGGAUAUUACACCCAAUUUAGAUAAGGAGAACAUAGCUCAGGAAGCCCCAGAAGGGAAGGCUAUGCCGCCUUCCGCUACCGAAAAUAUGGAUCGAUGUCGACCCGCAGACGAUGAAUUCAACCCCCAGAAUGCUAUUAUCGCAGCCGCCGCGGACGCUAUGGCGGAUAAGGAACGGCAAAUGACAUAUGAUAUGCGACUCACUCACGCGAUCUGGGAGCUUGCCACCACAGGGGCCAACCCCGCCGUGGAUUUGUUGGUGUGCCUAGAGCGACGACACACAAUUGGUUUCCGUUACGUGGAUAUUACCCGCCCUGUUAUCAUUCACCACGGUAGCAGGGAUACACGCGUCCCUGUUGAGAAUGCCAAGUGGCUCGGGAAAACCAUGCGACGCUGUGAAGUUCGCGUGCUCGAGGGUGAAGGACACGGUUUGAUGGCUAGUGCGACGGUCAUGGGCUCCGUAUUAAUGGAAAUAAGCAAAGAAUGGGAGGAUUGGAUGAUGCUAACAAAUUCUAAACGAACUGACGAGCGAGGCAGAAGCGUACGAGCAAGUGCUCGAUAAACAAAAAUUAAUUAUCUACCUAUAUACGUGGAAACCUACUUUUGAGGGAAGUAGCAGGCCUCAUCGACCACAACUUUGGAUUAUACCCGGCGCCUCGGAUUCUUAUUUAUUUAACGGACUUAUUCUGUCAUGAACCUAAUGGUUAUAGGGGGAAAGGGAAGAAAAGGGGAUUUUCGCCUUGCCGAAGGAAUAAUGGUUUCCCUAUGCUUUAUAUCCCUAUAUUUAUCUA